AUGGCCACUCCUUUUACGCUUGAUAAUCGCGCAGCAAGCGGUUUCCAAGACGGCUCACGUUACGACAAAUAUAGGCCAUCAUACCCUACAGAAGCAGUAGACAAGCUCCUAAGUCAUUUAGGAGUAGCAAACCAGAAUAAUGCACGAGUUAUCGAUCUUGGGUCCGGCACAGGCAAGUUUACAGAAUUGAUAGCUGCUAGACCGGAGGAGUUUGAGAUUGUAGCCGCUGAGCCUCAUGAGGGUAUGAGGGAGGAAUUAGUGAAGAAGAAUUUAGGAUCUAGGAUUAAGGUGCUAGAUGGGGAUGCGGGGAAUAUUCCAGUCGGGGCGGAGUGGGCGGAUGCACUGAUAGCGGCGCAAGCUUUUCAUUGGUUUGCUACAGAGGAAUCCUUGAAGGAGAUCCACAGGGCUUUGCGGCCAGGUGCUAGUUUUGGGAUGAUUUGGAAUAUCGAGGACUAUAAUGCACCGAAAGACUGGCCAUCAGCAAGCAACUGGGAGCAAAAACUCAAGGAUAUUAUCGCCUCACUUGAAGACGGCCACCCACGCUUUAGACACCUGGCAUGGAAAAGGGUGUUUGAGAACCAGCAAGAUACUACUCCUUUACAGACUUUGAAAGAUACUUUCACUCAUCAUCUUCCCCUAUUUUCACUACCAAUUGGGGAGGAGGACGUGAAGUGGACAGUAUAUUUGACAGAUGAGGCGAUAUGGUCUCGUUAUUCUACCCUCAGUCAGAUAACGAAUCUGAAGGGAGCGAGAUUAGAAGAGGUGCGGAGGAAGGUGUUCGAGGCAUUGAAAGCAGAUGAUGUAGAGCGCAAUGCUGCUGGCGAGGUUGCGGUCCAUGGACGUACGCAUCUUGCAUGGACAUCGCGGGUCUAA